UCAGGUACAGUAGAGCGCGACACAGAUGAGCCACGUUGACAGAGUACAUAUUUUAGGUGUUUCUGUUAAAAGGUUGCUUUAUUUGUCGGUCUGUCGGUCAACUUCGCGGCGACUUCAGGAUAUAUUUGUAAGUUUACCUACUGUAUAACAAUAUGGCUGCUGCCAAUGUCGUUCGCUUCGCUUAAUACGGAAGUAGGGUGUUUGUUUACUACUACAUCACAACGUACGUGGCUGCCAGAAGGAUAUAGGCUGCAAACCAUUUGUUAGACCUCGUCGUUAUCACCUGUCUAUGUUGAGAGAUAAUUAAUUCAUCCAUAAAGUUUUGCUCUAAACACACACCGGUACAAUGAGUGUGGGUUUCAUUGGAGCAGGCCAGCUGACCCACGCUCUGGUCAGAGGCUUCUCAGCUGCAGGCGUGAUUGCCACCCACAGAAUCACAGCCAGUUCCCCAGACACAGAUCUCCCCACAGUACAGGGACUAAGGAAAUUGGGUGUCAAUUUCACAACAAGCAACAAAGAGACAGUGAGCAAGAGCGAUGUUCUCUUCCUGGCCGUGAAGCCCCACAUCAUCCCUUUUGUACUGGAUGAGAUAGGACCAGACAUUGAAGAUCGUCAUCUUAUUGUGUCCUGUGCGGCAGGUGUCACCAUCAGCUCUAUAGAGAAGAAGCUGCAGCUGUAUCGUGAUUUUCCCAAGGUAAUGCGGUGCAUGACAAACACUCCGGUGGUGGUGCGUGAGGGGGCCACCGUGUACGCCACAGGCACCCAUGCAAAAGUAGAGGAUGGACAGCUUCUGGAGCUGCUGAUGGCCAGUGUAGGAUACUGCACUGAGGUAGAGGAGGAUCUGAUCGAUGCCGUCACCGGUCUCAGCGGCAGUGGUCCUGCUUACGCAUUUACGGCUGUAGAUGCUCUUGCUGAUGGUGGAGUGAAAAUGGGCCUUCCCAGGAGACUGGCUGUACGCCUCGGAGCCCAAGCCUUGCUGGGGGCUGCUAAAAUGCUGUUAGACUCAGAUCAACACCCUGGCCAGCUCAAGGACAAUGUGUGUUCACCAGGGGGCGCCACCAUCCAUGCCCUGCACGUCAUGGAGAGUGGUGGCUUCCGCAGCCUCCUCAUCAACGCUGUAGAGGCAUCCUGUGUUAGGACUAGGGAACUUCAGUUUUUGGCUGACCAAGAGAAAAUCUCCUCAGCUGCCAUUAAGAAGACAACUCUGGACCAAGUGUUGCAGCAGCCAGGAUUGAUUCCAGAGGGUGUCGAAGUCAAAUCUCAUGGGAUCAGUAUGUUCCACAACAGUAAGCCCAGGACCAGAAAGAAGUGAUUUAUUGUCAAGCUUUGAAACGGUACAUUUGAUAUGCUCUGCAUUUUAUGCUGUGAAUUAACCACUACUGGCAGAUGUUGUGGGAACAAAAGAUAACCUUUGGGUUAUGUUUUUAUAAUAAAACAUCAAUAUUUGGGAUGAUGCUGUAAAAA